UAAUGAGAUCACGUAAGACUAAAAUUUGUUAUAUAUCGAAUUAGUAGUUAGUUGUUAUGUGUGAAUUAUCAAAAUGCAAUAAAAAAUUAAACUUUAAAAAGAGUUUAAUUUGCAGUGAAAUCGAUGGAAACCCUAAUCAAUCUAACAAUGAGUUGGUCGGGCAAUCUAUGAGUAAACCUACAGCCUUAUUCGACGUUCAUAAAAAUUUGAACAAGCGAUGCGAGCUACAAAGAAAAUGUGGAGCACGUUACACUGAAUAUGAGCAUGAUGUUGCAGCUUAUUUAUUGCUGACCUCUGGAAAAAGCGCAUACACAUUUAACAAAGCGAAUAUGUCACUCCCCAGUGUCAAAUCUGUCCAUCGACAUAUUUCUCGGCACACCUAUGAUACCAGAGAAGGAGUGUUGAUGAUAAACACUCUUGUAAAAUACUUGAAGGUCAAUCAUUUUCCAAAAGCUGUUGCAUUAAGUGAGGAUGGGACAUCCUUGUCUCCCAACCCAGAAUAUUCCGCUCGGACGGACUCUGUGCGUGGCCUGGUGGCGCCAUUCGAUGACAAGGGAAUGCCAGUGCUGGACUUUUUCAAGGCUUCUUCUGCGGCAAAAAUGGUUUAUGAUCUGAAGAAUUACACAGUUGGAGAAUACUUAUAUGUUGUUAUGGCGACUCCGAUGGCCGUGGGUGCAUCCCCGGUUUGCAUACUGUACAUGUGCAGUGACAACAAGUUUACGCAUCUCCAAGUAAAACAGCGGUGGCACUACGUGGAAUCCGAACUUAGAAAAGCUGGAGUGAAAGUUGUGUCACAUGCAUCCGAUGGAGAUUCACGCCUAUUGCGAGCAAUGAAGGAAAGAACAAGACUUCCACAUCCACGAGCAAACUUAUUGUAUGGACAAUAUUUCGUUGGAAAUUUGGAUGACGAUGUAGUUUGCAUCCAGGACACUAUUCACCUUGUAAACAAACUCCGACAUAGUUUGCUCAAUCCAAAAAAGAAAAUGGUUGUUGGUAAUUUGAAAAUUAGAAAUUAAUUGCGUUCAAUUCUUCUUAUAUUUUUUUUAAAUUAUCUAGGGAAAUGCGAUGUGUCAUCCGAUUACAUAAAGCAAACGAUUGAAAUCGGUGAAAAAGUCAUUCACAGGAUGAAUCCGUCAGACUUGAAUCCAGCGGAUAAAAUGAAGUUUGAUCCGUCUUUGAAAUUAAUGGCACCUGAACUUAUUGAACACCUAACAGACAUAGUACCAGAUUCUAUCGGCACAGCAGUAUAUCUAAAGAUAAUGAGUUUCAUUUACCGAGGAAAAAAUGUCUCCAAAAAAACGAAUAAUCUCAAUAUGGUUGGUUUUGCCAGAUUCAUGUAAAACGUUAUACAAUGUAAUUUGUUU